GUAGUGGCAAUAAUUUGUAAUGUGCGCUACCAAUCGCAAAAUAUUGUCAUCAUUUUCUUAGUGGGAGUUUGUAUACAUUUUUUCAUCUUACAGUAAGUUUUGGCUUAUUUUCUAUGUGUUCCUGUUGAAGCGCUAUAGUGUUUUGUGAUGUCUGAUAAGCCAAAAUCGCAGUAAACAUAAUUGCUGUGGUGCUCUUGGACAUGUAAUGAACGCAGGAGGCAGUAUAAAAAAUAGAAUGAUGGUAUCGGUCAACAAACAACUUCAGUAUCUCAAAUUCAUUGAAAAUCAUUCAACUAUUUUUGGACUAAUUUUAUACCUUGUCGGUUUGAUAUGGUUUUGUCUCUUAUCUCAAGAUGAACUGAACUUCAAAACGUACAUGAGUGAAAAUGCCCUACUAGUUGGUCAGGUUAAUGAAAUCUACAAUGAUGUUGCUUCUACUGUGAACUAUUAUCAAGAUUCUAGUAAUGCAUUUAAGCAUAAUGGUCUUGUUGGUCUGAAACAAUGGUUAUCAGAAGAGCUUCACAAAAUUGGUCUAGAAGUUUAUUCACAAGAUUUCACUUUCUCUCAUGAUAUACUUUCACCGAUAGAGAAAGUUAAUGGAUCGAAUUUAUAUGCAAUUAUGCGAUCUCCUAGUGGGGGUCGAACAGAAGCACUCAUAAUUAUAACAUCGUUAAAUGAUAAUCCUGCUUAUUUUGGAAGUCUUGCAUAUGCUUUAUCAUUAAGCAAAUUAUUUAGAAGUCAAAUUCACUGGGCCAAAGAUAUAAUAUUUCUUUUUCCUGAAUAUGAAUAUAUUGGUUUGAUGGCAUGGCUUGAAGCUUAUCAUGGAACAGCUAAUUCAAACAACCUCUUCGGUGCUGAACUUGAAGGGAGAAGUGGAAGUAUACAGGCUGGAUUAAAUUUAGAAUUUCUCAAUUUAUAUCAACCAAUAGUGGAUAUAUUACCUGAAGGUCCUAAUGGUCUAUUGGCUAAUUUAGAUCUAACUAAUACUGUUGUACGAUUGGCUGAAUCACAUUCUAUAGUAACACGAGUAAAUCGUCAGUCCUAUGCAUAUACACGUGGUACCUAUCGAACUAGAAUGAAUGAUAUGCUUGGACUUAUGGAAGCUGUAUGGACUCAGUCAACAAAUUCACCAAGUGGUCUACACGGUCCGCUGAUUAAUUAUCAAAUUCCCGCGAUAACUUUACGCGGAAAUUAUAAAACACGAACAGAUGAUCCGCGUAGUUCAGAAAUUCUAUAUGUUAUGAGAUUACUUGAAGGUAUUCUACGUUCAUUGAAUAAUCUGCAAGAAAGAUUACAUCAAUCCUUUUGGUAUUAUCUUCUGCCUAAUCCAUAUCGAUAUAUAUCAAUUGGUGUUUAUAUGCCACCGGUUUUAAUAAUGAUUUUAAGUCUUUUACUUAAGCCACUAUUAUUUUGGAUAUUCUCAAGAAAAUCCACGAUUGACAGUCAAUCGACUUUUAAAAAGGAGUUAAAAGUUGCUAAAAAGUUGAAAACAGCUUCACAUGAUGGAUCAAAUCAUCAUCAUCAUCAUCACCACCACGUUAGCGACAAACAGCAACCACAAGCGGAACAAUCUCAUAUGAAAAAUUCGAAUGACAUAAUAGAAGAUAAUCAAACAAUUCGUCAGCGUAAAAUAAAGCCACCUUCUACGGAAGAAGGAAAGCAUGAAAAUAAGGUGAAAGCUAAACAAAUUGAAAUGAAUAAACCUAGUCCUUCUACAGCCGCUUACUCCAGUGCCAUUCCUCCACACAUACUUGGAUUAAUUCUCCGGCUUAGUUUAUGCUUUUCUGCAGGUUUCUGUUUGCAGUCUUCACCGAAAUACAUUUUCAAAUUCAUCAAUUUACUCAUUGACAAUCAAUUAAUUGAUUCCAAUACAAAUAAAAAUGAUCUGUUCUUAAUAUUGAUCGUCGCUUUAGUCAUUUUCGUCGUAAUGUUCUUACCAAUUAUGAUGCUUGUUUUACGAAAGUUAAUGAUGUCAUACAAUGAUGAAAAGGAUAAAGAAGUUCUUAUUGGUCAGUUAUGCCUAUUGAGUUGGUCCUUAUUUCUAAGCUGUCUUACAUGUCUUAAUAUAUCGUCAGCUGUUAUGCUUAGUAUCCCAAUUGUUCCCUUGCUUCACUUGCUUAUACAGAACAGUAGUGAAAUUAAAAGAUCCCUUCCAGUCAAAUUGAUGAAAUGGUUUCUGUCAUCUGCUUGGCUACUCAUAUGUACACCAGUUUUAAUCAUAUCGAUGUGUAUCAUUCGUUCUUCCAUCCAACACAACAACAACGACAACAACAGCAACUAUUCUACAGCACUAAGCAUCAAUAAUAUUCAUAGUUGCUUUGAACGAUGUCUAUUACAAAGUUUAAUUGAAGCUGAUCUAUUCGGUUGUUGGACAUGGUCAGUUGUCACCUGUGGAUAUACAUCAUUAUGGUUAUUGACUUGGUUAGGUAUUUUCUAAAAAAAAAUCGAUAAACUGAAUCAAGUAUUAUUCAAUGUACAAUUCUUAUUGUUCACUUUGCUUUGAGUGUAUAUGUAAAAACGGUCUAAAUGUCUCGAUUUGUGUGUGUGUGCAUGUUUUACUGACAAUGUCCAACGACGAAUGUAUCUAUGUAUAUUGCUUUACUACGCUUUUUGGUUUAUAUAUAUUAAGUAACUUUGCUG